UGUGUCAAUUAUUUGUUUCGUUUUUGUUUCUGCUGUUUAUUUUAUUUAUUUUUAUUUUUUUUCGCGAACCAAACAUUUCUCUUAAAGUCCUAAACCUUUCCCCUUUACAUUUGUUAACCUUUUUUGUACUGUACCGUAGGGCUUCGCUUUCCUGAUGCUACUUACUUUUUAGAAUCGACAGCGAAAAUUAAAGUAUUUCGUACAAAUUACCGACUCCAAUUCACAGCUUAAAACAGUAUCCCGUGGUCGCCAUCAUAUACAGACAAGAUUCCCUCAAUCAUCUGAUGAAGACUGUGGGAAAUUCUAAUCAACACUGACGUGUAAUAAAGAUCAGCUGAGAAUUAAUAUAUAUGUGUGUUACAUAGUUGGAAAGUGGGGAAACCGUGUAUCUGAUGCCCAACUGUGUAAUUGUGAACUGACUGGUUCUGAAGUACACAUUGUCAAGACGGUCAUCUGGAAAGAAAAGGCUGAGAACCAGUCUUAUCUUAACAGUCAAACAGUGAAUAUUCAGACAAUAGUGAGAAAGAAGAAUUUGAAGGCUGCUUAGACAUCUUCUUUUGGGACCAUGGAUGGCUGGGGUGGAAUGUUUGAUGAAACGGGGUCCUUCGUUGGGGCCACUGCAGCCCCACCACAGACCGGCGUGAAACGACAGUCGGAGGAUGGCUAUGGAGGCUAUGACUAUGACGGGGAUGGCUAUGCUGGCAAGAAGCCGAAACAGGAAGGCUAUGAGGAGAGUGGUGACUGGGAACAACAACAGGAACCAGAUCCUUGGGACCAGAUGGCAGAUACCGGUCCGUCGUCGUGGAAUGCAUUAAAGAGUACAGGAGACAUGGCAGACACCAAGGAUGCAUUUGCCAACUUUUCAGAAAUAACAUCAUGGGACCAGCUGAAGCCAUCUGAAAUCAGUAGUGGAAGGGCUGGAAAAGGGGGGAGGGGGUAUGGGCAAGGGACUGGGUCAUGGGGAGGUCAACAGAGGGGCAGAGGAGGCCAGAGAGGGAGGUAUUCGUCUGGAGGGUAUAGUGGGGACAGAGGGGGUGGCUUCAAUAACGGUGGAGGGGGCUUCAACAGGGGUGGCAUGGAUGGAGGUUUCAAUAACAGGGGAGGGGGCUUUAAUAACAGGGGAGGAGGUUUCAAUAGAGGUGGAGGAGGCAGUCGUGGUGGAUUCAGAGGGGGAAGCAGCUUUGGGCGUGGAGGAGGAGGAGGCUUUGGUGGAGGAAAAUCAAAUCAAGGUUUAACUUUAGUAGAGAAGUUUGAGAAGUAUCAGUCAUUCCUGACCAGUGAGACGUCACGCAUUAACUCGAUCCAGUCCCUGGAGAACGCAGUGAACAGCACCCAGCUAUUCCUCAAGUGCGACUACGUCGUGGUGGAAAUGCCUCGCAUCUACAACAGAGCUGUGUACACGGGCCGCCUGGCCAUCAGUGGAAUAUUCCUGGCCCGGUGCGUGGGACUCAACAAGAAGGAAUUGAAACACAAGGUGUAUGACAAGGCUUACAAGGUGCUCAACACCCAGACCUUGGCUGACAUUAACAACCUGAGAGACCCGGGGGCAGACAUUGUCAGAGUGUGCAUAGAGCGUGAGCUAAAGCUGUGUGGACCUCACAAGUUCAUCGAGGGAGGCAGCAUGCCGGUGAACCAGACGGUCGGGGAGGUCAUGCAGAAGGUGGCCAGUGGGCUCGAGACAAUCUCUGUCCUGGUGGCUGGACUUGAGAAACUCAUUGCCUAUCUCAAGAGGACACAUGCAUAGCUAGAGCCAGUAAUGUGAACAAGAAGUCCGUGAAGUCCGAGACGUAUACCCAGGCCCUGGAGGCCCUGUACUCCAAGACUCUCCUUGAGCUGAUCAUUCCCGU